AUGAGAGGCAGCUCGCUCGCGCAUCUUGACGCCGCCCCUAUCCCCUGGCUCUUGUGGCUCGACAGUCUCGUGAUGCUUCACUUUCGCAUCCAGUUCCAGCAUGAAAUCAAGGCGUUUCUGGUUCCAUAUGACGCACACUGGACGACCGUGACGGAAAAGGUUACCGAGCUCUUUGAUGUUCCGCCGAGCAAUGUUGCCCUGAUCCACAGAGACCGUGAUGGAUCUCUGACGACAAUUCAUAACCAAGAUGAGCUCAGGUCAUACUUGCUUGGUCCUAAGAGUGCUCGUGCUGUCGCUGGUCUCCUGCUCGAUUUUGACCUCAAGGAUUUGAGAGAAUGGAAGCAGUAUCACAUCUCACAUUCCCAUGAACACGAGAGCAUUACCGAAAUAUUGCAACAAGCGCAUACUGGCAAGUUCACCGACGAAGACUAUACGUUUAUCAACCGUCCUCCAAAUGACCCAACGGACGUGCAGCUCGUGAUUCCAGGAGAAGAGACGCCCCACGCCGUCCCGCGCCAUCUGGGCAUUGGUAAUGCAGCUCCGUCAAGAGGACGACAACUCGUGGAUAAAGUUCAAGCGCCAUCUGAGAGAGACGUCGAAGACGAAGAACCAGAAGGCACCGUCCGUAGUGUCGACUAUCCGCAUCUCGAGGAACCGACACGACCUCAAUCUGUCGCGAGUUCUGGGCCGCCACGGAUUCCGUCGAGGACAAGGAAAGGCCGUGCGAUGUCGACCACGAGCUUGGACCCUGUUCCCCUCUACAGUACCGUCGAUGUCGACGUUGCGUCGAAUAGGUCGGUCAUAAAUAACGACACCCCCAAGAAACCGACGAUACAGAUCCCAGAGGCUCCCCGUGACAUGGGUCCCAUCCCGCUCAUUUCGAAUAUCGUCAAAAAGAUGAGCUUGGAGAGCGGCGCGGGAGAGUCUACUCGACAGCAGUCGGAUGAAGGCACGUAUGGGACACUGAUUACUCAGCUCGUGUCUCUUGUCGAUGUCGUCACGCAGUUGCUCGAGGACGAUGGGGUCGCGCAUCAGCUUCGCGGCACCUGGGAGGGCAUGGCACUGAAAUCAGCCAUUACGCCCAUGUCUGCUUUUCCACCUGGUCAACCAAAGCCCAAGGAGCUCGCGUUGGCUGAAGGGAUUGUCAAAGUGAUGAAGCGCGUGCAAACAAUUGUCGAAGAGGAUCCACCGUCGGAUAUCGAGGAGCAAGAUGGCGAUGUCAUUUGGACACAUCGCCCGACUCCGAGCUCUGCGUUUCCAAAGACUCCUAUCCAUACUGAAAAGAGAACUGCGGUACCAGCACCAGCAUCUGUGCCAGCCGCUGCAUCUGCAAAGUCGAAUGGAGUCCAAGAGACGGACGAACCACCCAUCGAGGUCAAGCCAGCUCCUCCAGGUCAUCGCGCGUCUUUGAUGAGCGCACCGGACCCAGAUGCGUAUCGUGGUCGUGCAUCUGCUGUCCCACAUUCUGCCAAAGCCGCCUCUACAGUCAAGCCUGCUGCUGGAUCAACGUAUUCCCCGGCGCUUCUGCCGACCCACCUCUCUCAAGCCGUCCAAGCGUCGAUCGGAAAGUCUGUGAAAAGUCCAUCUGUACCAUCAAUGAGAGAAGCAGAUGCUCCUAUAGACGCUGCGGACUCGGCUCAUGAUGGUGGAUCCGAAGGACCUGGUACACCGAAACCAGCACCCGCUCGUCCACAGCGCGCUUCGACACAAUUCGAUUUCGAUGCAUUCAUGGAGGCAAAUGCGUGGAAUACUGCACCCAGGGCUGCUCCUGGAUGGGUACACGAGCAAGCACAGCAGCAACCGCCGCAGGUACCUCCGCCUCCUGCUAUCACUGCUACAUCGACGAAGCGUGGUUCGCACUCACUUGUGCCGGCGAAGAAGCUCUCCGCUCCUCCACCUCCUGCGCCGCCUCCGAGGGUGUUCAUGCAGACUGCUGCCAUCACAGAUAGUCCACAUCCACUCGAGCGUCCUCCUCUUGGACAUGAGCGCGCCGGGAGCGAGAACACGGCACCAACGCCUCCGCCUCGUCCACAUGCGUUUUCACCCAGUUAUUCUCCUCCGGAUGCUACUCAUGGAUAUCCUCAUCAUCGCCAUCACGAGAGCACUGGGAGUGGAGGAGCAGGAGGAGCAGGCUUGGAGCAGACGUCUUCUGAUGCCUUUCGCGCGAAUCUAGCGUCUCGAGGGUCAGUCAAGGGAGCUCGAUGGGGAGCCCACCGGAGGAUAGAUGUUGGCGGGCGAGAGGAUAGUCUCCCGAUCGAAGCUCAUCCACCACCUGUCUAUAGCACCGACGGUGAAGGCGACGAGUUGAUCGAGAGCGAGGAGAUGUUUGGCCGUUCUGCACGAGACAAGUAUCCCAAUCUAGAUGUCAUGAUCACGCAAGGUAUUCAGAUUGUGGGGAACAAUAGACAGAUGAUGCGACUUGCCGCGGAGAGCAACGCUCAUGCGCGCGAGACGAUUCUCAGCGAAGAGGUGCCAAACGUCGUCAACCGCGUCUUGGCGAUGAUCCAACGAGGAAGUAGCGGCAACUAUGUCUGA